AUGAAAACUUUGAAGGUCUUUGGGCUAGAAGUUGGCCGUAACUAUCGAACAUUGUGGAGGAUGAGGAAAUGUAGAUCAGCUUCUGUAAAUAUUCAGGAAGGUCGGUCAAGAUCUUUCGAAAUCACCGUGAAUGGAAAUCUAAUUUUUUCAAAACUAAAGUGUGAUAGUUUUCCUUCAACAGAAGCCGUCAUUUCUGAAUUGAUUAACAUUGAGAAUGGUGAAAUACCUAGUGAAGUAAUUGAAUAUGAAUCAUCCAAUUGUAAUUUACUUUAG